CAAUUUUCUGUUCUAUCUGUAUCAAGACCAAUCAUGGCUAGAAAUAGCAAUUUGAGGUCCAAUAGAGGUUCUAGAACCUCUCAGCCACUUCUACUGAAAAGGGCUCUGAUUUAAACUGGCCCAUCCUUGAGCGUUGGUAUGUUCCUUGGCAGUGGCAAACUGUUCUACUCACUAUGGUUUCAUGUGGAGUAAGCUUCGCUUUGACAGGGUUGGUUGAAGCAUCGGCUUUGCCUUAUCUAGGUUUCCAGGGUGGUGAUGUGAGUUUAGAUGAGAAGGCAGAGAUUCUUUUUGCCGGCCAAUUUACCGUGACAGCUGUUGUCCUAGGAGUUGUCUAUGGCAUUACCAACAGAUUUCAGCCACUCCCUGAUGAUCUUUUUCGCUAUGAUUGGAAGGAACCUUUCAGUUUGCGAAAUGGCUGGCUUUUAUGGGCAGGGAUUGGCCUUGGCGGGGCAAUUAUUGCUGUUGCAUUAGCAGGAGCUGUCUUGACCACUUUUAAUGGAGACCCACCACAAAGAGAGGCUGAUGCCCUAGUUCAGUUGUUACCCUUGAUUGGCUCUUCUGGUAUCAGUACUGCCUGUUUAAUAGGCAUUACAGGUGUUUUAGCACCAGUUCUGGAGGAGACUGUAUUCCGGGGUUUCCUAGUGGCCUCACUGACUAAGUGGUUUCCAUCACCAGUUUCUAUCCUUAUCAGUGCAGCAGUAUUUGCUCUUGCUCAUCUCACACCUGGAGAAUUUCCUCAGCUGUUUGCGUUGGGGAUUGCUCUAGGGCUUUCAUAUGCUCAGACUCGAAAUCUUUUGACUCCCAUCGUUAUACAUGCACUCUGGAAUUCGGGUGUGAUUUUACUCCUAACUUUUCUUCAGCUCCAAGGAUAUGAUUUGAGAGAGCUGUUGCAGGCAUCUUGAUUCUUGACAUACAGCAUGCCGAAGCUGCGUGUUCGAUUUGGUAUCGUUUGGAAAAUGAUUAUUUACGACACGUGGGGUUACCGGGCGCACCUGAGAUGAUAAAGUAUCAAUGUAAAACUAGAGCUGGAAAGCAAAAUGGGCGUGACUGGCUGCUCGCUCUUGAAAGUGCAGGUACCCGAUGCAAAACAAAGAUGUUUCUUCUUCUUCCUUUUCCCCUCCUCCUUUGCCAGGACUCUCGUUUGGUAUCACACUGUAAUUUAACAUUGAGAUGCUGAAGCAUAGAAUAGUUCAAAGUAGAGAAAUGAAAGUGCUUCCUAUGUUUUUAAA